AUGCCAGAACUCAAGGAAUUUACAGUCGAGGAAGUUCAAAAACAUAACAACACUGACUCCCUUUGGAUCAUCAUUGACGGCCACGUUUACGAUCUUACCAAAUUCCAACAAAUCCAUCCAGGCGGAAAACCUAUUCUUAAUAAGGUAGCAGGAACUGACGCAUCUGAAUUCUUUCACAAGUAUCACAACGUUAAAAAGGUUAUGAAAAAGUUUGGUAUCAAAUUCAGAAUUGGUAAAAUCGUUGAUAAUAAAACUAUUUCUCAAAAUAAACUCUCUUCAGAUAUAAUGUCGUCGUCGUCAUCAUCUUCUAAUAAUAACAACAACAAUUCAGCUCUCAUUGCUGUAAACCCUACAAAGGCUGACUUUACCGGAGUCUCUCCCUUCAAUACUGAAGAACAAACAGAAGUCUUUGGUGAUAAUAUCCCCUACGCUGACCCCGCUUGGUACCAGGGUAACCGCUCUCCCUUCUAUAAGGAAUCCCACGCAAAGUUCCGCCAAGAAGUCCGCGACUUUGUUGAAGAACACCUUGAACCCUACGUUGAUGAUUGGGAAGAAGAAGGUGCUAUCCCCCAUGAAGUCUACAAGGCCUUUGGUCAAGCUGGCUUUGUUGCUGCCGGCUGUGGUAUCCCUGUCUUCCCUUCAAAGUACACGGAUCGUCGCCUCCAAUCUGUCACCCCAGAAGAAUUUGACCCCUUCCAUGAACUUAUUCUAGUCGAUGAGGUUUGCCGUGCUGGCUCUGGUGGUCUUGCUUGGUUCUUGCUCGGAGGCCUCGGCAUUGGUCUCCCCCCCAUUUGGAACUUUGCCCGUGAAGAUAUUAAACAACGUAUCCUCCCUGGAAUCUUUGCCGGUGAUAAGCGUGUCUGUCUCUGUAUCACUGAACCUGAUGCUGGUUCAGAUGUUGCCAACAUUAAAACUACAGCCAGAAAAACUCCUGAUGGCAAACACUUCCUUGUCAAUGGUACCAAGAAGUGGAUCACCAAUGGUAUCUGGGCUGACUACUUUACUGUCGCUGUUCGCACUGGUGGUGAAGGCAUGGGCGGCAUCUCUGUCCUGCUCCUUGAAAAGACUAUGCCCGGUAUCACAGUCCGUAAGCUUCACACUCAAGGUAUGCUGACCUCUGGUUCCACCUACAUUACUUUUGAAGAUGUUAAGGUCCCCGUCGAACACCUUUUGGGCAAGGAAAAUGAGGGGUUUAAGGUCAUUGUCCACAAUUUUAACCAUGAACGUCUCGGAAUUAUCGGCCAAGCUAACCGUUUCUCCCGUGUUUGCUACGAAGAAGCUGUCAAGCACGCUCAUAAGCGUAAGACUUUUGGUACUAAGCUUAUUAACCACGCUGUCAUUCGUAAUAAGCUCGCAAAUAUGGCUAUCCGUAUCGAAGCUGUCCAUAGCUGGUACGAAAACCUGACAUACCAAAUGGCCCUUAUGCCCCCCAAGGAGUCUGCCCUCCGUCUCGGUGGUCCCAUUGCAGGAUGCAAGGCCCUUGCCACCCAAACUUUGGAACUUUGCGCUCGUGAAGCUUCUCAAAUCUUUGGUGGUCUCGCCUACACCCGUGGUGGCCAGGCUGGCAAGGUUGAGCGCUUGUACCGUGAAGUCCGUGCCUAUGCCAUCCCUGGUGGCUCUGAGGAAAUUAUGCUUGACUUGGCCAUGCGCCAGUCCCUCAAGGUCCACCAAAUGCUUGGUGCAAAGUUGUAA